GUUCAGUGGAUGAUGGAACUACUUCUUCGCUGUGCUCCUUCCGUCCAUCUGUACUGUCCUCUGUAGCUGUAUCAUUAUUGUAUGGUCUGGAAGUAGAUAUCUACGCAGCAUAGUCAUAGAUUUGGCCAGUGCUUCACCGAGCAGUAGUUACCUACACUACAGCUGCUGCAGGUAACUGGUCAAAGCGCUGCAUGCACUGCACAGAGUCAGUGCACUGCAGAGGACAGUGGCUAGUAACACUAGUACUAGCAUAGAGGAACUAGUGUCGCUGAAGUGAAGGCAAGCUUCGUGCUUGUGCACUACGUUACAACUAGCUGUAGAGUAAAGGAGAACGUCGUUCCUUCAGGACGUUAUCCUAGCAGCUAGCUCGACACGUAGUGGAUAAGUCAGUAAUAUCGCAGUGCAGUGCAGAGAAAGCGAGCGCGCUGGCCGUAGUAGCAGGUCGUGCUGGAGCGCUGUUUCGUGGAGGCUAACGCUGGCUGCUAGCGCUCCUCGAGUGGCAGGAUGAGCUUGAAACGAACCAAGACUCGUCCGAACAAACGGCAAUAUGAAGACCUGGACGAUAGCCGAGACACACGUGUCCCGUUACACAAUGACGAGGCGUUCAUGCAUGGACUGUCGUUUACGGCCAAGUUCAUUGGCAGUCUCGAAGUGUCCAAGCCAAGCAGCCGUGUUGAGAUUGUCUCGUGCAUGAGACGAAUCCGAUAUGAGUUCCGUGCCAAGAGUAUGAAGAAGACCAAGGCCACGAUCAAUGUGUCCGUGUCCGGGGUGAAAGUCACCAAGUAUGUCAAGAAGAAGAGAAAGAGGCAGCGGAAGAGGACUCCCGAAGACCUUGUCGCCAAUCCUCAAGUAAUCCUAGAAAGUCCCAUAUAUCGGAUAUUCUACGUGUCCCAUGACUCGCUGGACAAGAAGAUCUUCAGCUUUAUUGCACGCGUGGAGGCGGCUGGCAAUCGCAAGACGUUUGUCUGUGCUGUCUUCAAGGCAUACAAGAAGUCUCAUGCUCUGCGUAUUGUACGCACCAUAGGUCAGGCGUUUGACAUCUGCUGCAAGCUACAACAGUCGACGGAUGCUGUGAACAUCCCCGGCCUGUUGCCACCGGAGAAGCUGAAGAAACUGAAGGAGAAGAAGGACGGUGAUGAGGGUACGAGUGUGGAUGACACGGAUGGGGAGCCGACACGCAGAGAGAGAUUGUCCACAAGUCCCGGGGACAUGCUGAAUAACUUCAACCUGGACAUGUCAGUCGUCGAGGCUACGGAGCUGCCGCCCAACGCCAUAGUGACCAUGGAGGACGACUACGAGACCAAUCUGCUGGAGUAUCAGAAACACUUGUAUGCGUUUGGACAGAGCCUGCUGCUCAACUCUGCCGAUGUGCAGCAGUCAACCAACGAGGAAGCACUACUGGAUGGUUAUAAGCUGAGUCCAGCACAGCGGCAGUUGAUGAUACUGCAGUUCAAACUCAAGCAGGAGCAAGGUCUGGCCAAUGCAUUCAUGCCAGCUGGAAGCACACAGGCGAAUGUGUCCUCUAAUGGUGCUGAUGCUGUCCUGAGUAAGCCGUUACCCACACCACCCCCCAACCGUCUCAAGGUCGGCAGCAAGGGAAAGUUUGCAAGACCCGGGGUUGGUGUGACAGAGAACACGAAUCGAGAUGACUCUGCCCUGCUACCACGCGUGGCUGAAGAGGGAGCAGCAGCAGCAGCAGCGGGCAAUGACAGUGUUCCUACGGAUAUGCUAGUUGAUACGAGUAUCCCUGAGGAACCCUCUAACCCAGUCAACCCAUUCACAUCUACUCUGCUGGAAGAUGACGAUCGCCCCAUGCCGCAGACGGAUGCGCAGUGGGUGGAGAUGCAGAAAGCGCAGACAGCACAGCUGCAGCUGCUCAAGGAUCAGUUGUCGGCGGAGACAGCAUCGCGUAUCGAUGCACAGGCCAAUACACAUCACGUUAUGCGCCAGAACAAGAUUCUAGCGGCAUACAUCAUGCACAUUGGCACACAGCUGAAGCGCUACAAGGCGUCGCAGUCCGACGACCCAACAGGCGCAGCCAGUGCGGCGACCGGCGCUGGUGGCAGUCGUGUAGUCACUACCGAGGUGUUCAGUCCACCGCCUGCAACCCACAAGACAACGCUUUAUGAGAGGACACCGGAAGCAGACAGCACACAGCCGGCGCUAGCAGCAGCAGGAGCAGCGGAUAAAACGACAGUUCCUGCUAUCUCUAUUGCACCGCCCGUACAGCAGCAAUCAGUCAGCACCAGCUCAGCUGCAUCUACAGCACCAGCAUCAUCAGCAUCAGCGGACAAGCCCAGUGAAAUGGAGAUGCUCUCCGAGAUCCUUGCUGCUAGUAAGAUGCAGAGCUCAACCGCAGACGAAGACUUCCAGCCGCGACAGGGCGAGCAGGCAGUAGCAACAGCAGCCGUGGGUAAUGGAACACAACACGGCCGCUUCUCUCCAUUCUCGUUCGACCCGAACGAAGCGUCAACGAGUACUCCCUCGGGCAAGGUUCCCGAGAGCAACGGCAAUGGCGGCGAUGGACGGUUCUCGCCUUUCGAAGGCUUCAAAGCCAGUGCUGAUACGAAUGCAGUGAGUGGUGGUGGUCGUGCAGGUCACAAUGUUGCACCUGGCAACGACGCGAUGACGCCUAAGCCAGUAGUCCUGUUUGAGCUGCCGGAAGCGCCGACGCCUCUAUCCGAUCUGGAUCUGGACGAAGACGAGCCGCUGUACCCGAAUGACGGGCCGGCCUACGUGCCUCUGCAGGACAUCACCAUGGCAACGGAUAGUGCUUUGUAGAUCACGUUGUCGUUGCCGUGGACACCACCGCUAGUGUGGUGUGUUUGCUUUGCGCCGGUGAAUCCACCAUUGUUGCAUGUGGGUGUGAAGUCCACUGCGGUCAGCGAGGGUCCUGAGUGUGUUCACGUGCCAAAGUCACGCGAAACAAACACAGCCACCCGAAUAAGCCCGCCAGUGGUAGUCAGUCAGCUUGCGACACGACCGCCUCACUCUCUGUUUCAUGUGUAAAUACUAAAAAGUCGAGACAUGGGUACAGUAUGUGUUGUAUCCAAGUCAUAAGUACUCCCCCUCCCCCCGUACCUGCCCCGUUUCCUGCCCCCCCCCCCCCCCCGCCCUCCGGCCCAUUCCCCUCCCAACACAUGCAGGUAUCCUGUAGUGCUCUUCUAGAAGAAUCCUUCAGAGUCCGACGACCGCUCUACACGGUCUCAAUUCCAUAAUUUCAUAUUCUACAGCUAUUUGGCACACGCGUGCACGCACAUGCAUACACACUGGCACUGCUGGAUGAUGCGUGGUUUGCAUUCUCGCGGAGCCCAGUACACUAUUUAUGGCAUGCAGCAGCAGCAGCAGCCAGAGCGACGACGUGGUCAGUGUGGAUUUCAGUGAGUCAACUUCAUCCUUCACACUCGCUUGCUUACCUCUGUACAGAGCUUGGUCAUUUUGAAACGGACUCGCUGUACUGCACUGCACGCCACUGCACAAGUACUGGUGUGUUGUGUGUGUGUGUGUGUGACACGCUGCUAGUCUGCCAGUCGCGGCACGUAGUCAUUAAUUGCUACGUGCCACAGCCGCCGCCGUCGAUUGCACUACUCAGAGAUAUGCUGUGUUGCGUGAAAGUGCUGCAUGCAGUUACGGCUGUGUACGCUAUUAUUAUACAGUACAUGCUUGUUCCAUUACCGUGCCUUAGUACAUGCCAGUGUGUAGUGUGUGUAGUGUGUGUAGUGUGUGUAGUGUGUACAGUAAGACUCAAGAUAUUUCGCCUAGGUAUCCGUGCCCGUACAUACACUGUUAUCUCCCUUAGACUUGUUUCCUAUGUCGAUUUCAUCAGGUGUGUGUGUGUGCGUGUGUGUGUGUGUGUGCGUGUGUAUGUGUGUGUGUGUGUUCAUUGCAUGCGCCGCUCUAUUCAGAUUUCUGCUCGCUUUCACUACCUAAGUCCUUUCAUGCCAUAAACCUUAGUUGAGGAUUCUGUUCUGCGCCCGUGGACGAUUGUCAAUUUCCCGUCCGAAUGUACCUUAUGGUACAUGUGCUCUUUCUAGACAAGCCGCAUUAUUUGAUGUACAGCAGUCAUACAUGAUCAUGUGAUAUUGCUCUGUGGAUCAUGUGAUGAUAUUCAUUUCCACUUCACUGCAGAGACUCCGUGACUGUGGACAGUACCACCACUCACUGGUGUUCUGGCAGUUCCUAUCUCCAUUUCAACAGCUUCUACCUACUUACUCUUAU